AUGUUUGGACACAGCCCACGAUACGACUACAUCAUCGUUGGUGGUGGAACAUCAGGCCUUGUUGUUGCAAACCGUCUUUCCGAAGACUACAACGUCUCAGUAGCAGUCAUUGAGGCUGGAGGCGUUGAGCUAUACAACUCCAACAUAACCGACACUUCGAAAUAUGGAAACGCGUUUAGCACCUCGGUCGACUGGCAGUACGAAAGCGUUCCUCAGACCUUUGCUGGAAACGCCUCGCAAGUUUUGCGCGCAGGCAAGGCACUUGGAGGAACAAGUAACAUCAACGGAAUGACAUAUUUACGAGCUGAAGCUGCACAAAUCGAUGCAUGGCAACAGAUCGGAAACGCAGGCUGGGAUUGGGAGAGCUUGAUGCCAUACUACAAGAAGAGCGAGUACAUUCAAGAGCCAAGCGAAUCUCAGCUCCUCCGUGGAGCCUCGAUUGACCCCGAGACCCAUGGUACCACUGGUCCCUUGGCCGUUGGAUGGACUAACAACAUGAUGGGUGAGGAGGUCAUGUCUUCGAUCAAUCAGACUUUCGAUGCUCUGGGUGUUCCCUUCAACGAGGAGCCCAACGCAGGGAACAUGCGAGGACUUACAGUCUUUCCUAAGACCAUUGAACGAGCGGAGAAUGUCCGAGAAGAUGCUGGACGCGCUUAUUAUUGGCCAGUGUCGAAGCGGCCCAAUCUUGACAUCUAUCUCGAAUCCUUCGUCGAAAAGAUGAUAUGGCAUCCAGAAUCAGAGCAUCGAGACGCUAAACGAACCGCAAGUGGAGUUGUCUUCUCAGGGCUCAAUGGUACGAGGACCACAAUACUCGCCAAUCGCGAAGUCAUACUUUCGGCAGGAAGUCUCAGAUCGCCGCUGCUUCUGGAGCAGUCGGGCGUUGGUAACCCAUCCAUUCUUCAAGAGCACAACAUUGACGUUGUCGUCGACCUUCCAUUCGUUGGCGAGAACUUGCAAGACCAAACCACCACCGACAUGUUCUACACCAACAACAACAGCACCAACUUCACUGGACUCGCCGGUUAUGCAGCCUACUUCAACGUGGACGACGUUUUCGAAUCCGAUCUUGCUGCUUUCAACGCAAGCGUCGCAAGCGCUCUCAAGCAGUACGCCGACAGGACCGCCAACGCCAGCGGCAUCAUCGACAGCUCCGUGACCGAGAAGCUCCGCAUCCAGUACGACCUCAUCUUCAAGAACAAGAUUCCCAUUUCCGAAAUCAUUGUCUCGCCCGCAGCGACUGGGCCCAUUACUAUCGAGUACUGGGGCCUUUUGCCCUUUUCGCGCGGCAGUAUCCAUAUCAACUCUACCAAUGCAUCUGCGCCGGCGAAUAUCAACCCAAACUACUUCAUGCUGGACUACGAUAUCCGGCAGCAGAUUGCGACGGCAAAGAUGGCGCGCAAGUUUGCCAACACAGCGCCUUUUUCCAACGCACUCUCUAGCGAGACGACUCCCGGCCUCGACGUCGUACCCACCAACGCGUCCGACGCCGUUUGGGAGAAGUGGCUGAAAUCGACGUAUCGCUCCAACUUCCAUUACAUCUCGACGGCUGCCAUGAUGCCGCGUGAGCUUGGGGGCGUGGUAGACUCCAACCUCACUGUCUAUGGUACCAGCAAUGUUCGCGUCGUUGAUGCUUCUGUUGUUCCGUUCCAGAUCUGUGGUCACCUGACAUCGACGCUGUAUGCUAUUGCCGAGAAAGCAGCAGACAUGAUCAAGGCUCGGUAUGAGUAG